GGCCCUCGCCAACUCAGGACACACCAUCCCAGGAUCAGCAUGGCCGUCCACCAGUGGGUAGUUGUCCUGACCUUGGCUGCCCUCCUCAUUGUGGAUAGGGAAGUACCAGUGUCAGCAGCAAAGCUCAUUUUCUCAAGAAUGCCCAUCUGUGAGCACAUGACAGAGUCUCCAGCUUGUCCUCAGACACCCAACCCGGUCUGCGGCACUGAUGGGGUCACAUACAAGAAUGAAUGCCACAUCUGCUUGGCCCGGAUGAAAACGAAACAGGACAUCCAGAUCCUGAAGGACGGCAAAUGCUGACCCCACAGGAGCACCUCAAGCCAUGAAGUUUCAGGCUGGAGAACAGUGGUGGGCAAGAUGUAAUAUGAAAUAAAAGGUCCAGCCCCAC